AUGCAUGAAGCUGAUAUCGUACAAAGCUCAUCAGGUCAAAUGGCUCAAAGAGCCUUUUGGAUGGAGAGUUGUGGCGACUCGAGAUGCGUGACGAUCAGUGCACUAGACGAAGUCAAACCCUAUCCCAGCUGUGGUCAAGUUCUCCUGUACACACAACCGAUCAGCGCUUCGGUCAUCAACAAAACGCUCACCGUGCACCCCGAAACUCAAGGGCCACGUUCAGGACUGAAGUGCUCUAUCAAGUACUAG